UGGCAAAGAUACCGCUCAUUUCCUCCAGGAACAUUUAACAGAACAGAUGUCUUUGGGCAGAACUGAAUAGAUGAUUAUGGAUCAACUCGGCGAUUGCAGGAUUCACCACCCUCUCACCAGGUAUGGCAGAGAGCCGAUCACAGGACAGCAACUUCCUAUCCAGUGAGACAUUCCAUACUCCUAGUUUUGGUGAUGAAGAUUUUGAUAUCAACACAUUAGCAUUACCUUCACAAGUUUCUGAUUCUGUAUCUCGUUCUGAAAAUCUCCAGCCGAGUUACACAUCACAGACUGUUUUAUCUCAUCCUCCAACGGGUAACAUGGAUCUCUCUGAGAUGUCACGAAAUUCUAUGGGAGACCAAAUUGUGCCUAAAUUUCCACCACAGAAUUUUGAUGUGCCAGACAUUUCAAUAACUAACAGUCUGAACUCCCCUGCCACAUCCAUGGGCACAUAUAGUUCCGUAAGUUUGGACACUAACUUAGUAACAAGCGAGCCCCUACGCACCAUAAGUCAUGCGGACGUACAGAAACAGCUGGGGUUCCACAGUGUGACUAAUAAAGGGUCACCACCCACGGCCAGUCUUACUUCAUUGUCACCAAAUCGGGAGAGCAGCAGCAGUGAUAGUGAUGACAGCCUUCCCCUAGCACAGUUGGCUGUCAUGAAACGUCAGGCUGCGGCUGCGGCUGCUGCUGCUGCCGCGGCAGCUGCCACUGGAUCAGCGGCAGCUUCACCAGAAGACCCACCUGCGACGAAGAAACAGAAAACUCCUAAAAAGAAGAAGAAGAAGGAUCCAAAUGAACCACAGAAACCUGUGUCUGCCUAUGCGUUGUUUUUCCGUGACACUCAAGCAGCCAUAAAGGGACAGAACCCUAACGCAAGCUUUGGAGAAGUCUCCAAGAUCGUAGCCUCCAUGUGGGAUGGCCUUGACCCGGAACACAAGAGUAACUACAAGAAGAAAACAGAGAAUGCAAAGAAAGAAUAUCUGAAGCAACUGGCAGCCUACAGAGCAAGUCUUGUUUGUCAGGCUGCCCUGGAUGAGGGGAGUAAGUUGUCUGUAAAACCAAUAACAACACGGAGUGGUCGCCAACAGCUACGCUCCAACAUCCAGAGUGGUACUGAUGAAGGAACUGGCCUCAGUGUGGUGGCCCUGCCUACUCGUGGAGCACGCUCACACUUACAACACCCCCAGUCCAUAGCCACCUCGCCACAAAACAGCAUGUCACCCCCACAGGAAGUGAUGGGUCACAUGACCACCAGUCCACCAUACCAGACUGGAUACACCAGCCCACCCCAGUACCGCAGCAUCCAGGAUAUAGCACCUGGACCACCAAGCAUGGACUUGAUGGAUGGAUGUAACCCAGCUAUGCCCUACUCAUCGAAGUGGUGCAUCAGGAACGGCUGUACUAACACCACAUUGGACAACCCUGGCUGGGACAAUGAGUACUGCAGUAAUGAGUGUGUGGUCAGUCAUUGCAGGGAUGUGUUCACUGCUUGGGCUGCGUCUAGACAAGGAUCAAAUUCUUUGCCGAUCAAAUAGGUAUUUGACAGACCACAGCACAAAGUUUCCUGAUAACAUGGAGCCUGUAGCUGCCAUUAAGUUAUUUUUGUGAUGAUUUCUAGAGUCAGAAGGUACAUUAUCCUGUCAGUUUUGAGGAGGGAUACGCAGAAUACUGUGUUCGGACGGAUGGACACCAAGCAAUGGUCAUGAUUUGUCCAACAUGAUAUGGGAGAAUCUGAACCCAUUUCCAAGACAUAAUGUGUGUAUUCUUGUUACAGGUGUUGUUUGUUAAAGACUUGUGGUAAAGUAAACAAGACUGGAAUCAUUUUGAGACAUUUCUGACUUAAUUGAUGAAGAUAUGGAUUAAUGAUUUUAAUGUGGAAGAAGAAUUCAAUGUAAACAUUGUAAACAUUGUAUUUAUAUAUAUGUAUGUGUGUAUGUAUGAAAUUUAAUGUCAAGUGAAAAUUAUAGUCAUUUGGAGUCAGAUACAUACAGAAAAUGACAAAAUGACACUAAAAUAUCAUUGAUUUGAUACAACGUGUGAUAUAUGUAGACUCCAGUAAAAUUGUUGUCAAAUAUUUGACGGAACACUGAUGGUGUAAGGACUGGAAGAAAAACUUGUGUGUAUUAUGUGAUGGACAUAUGAAUAUGCUAUUUAGAUUUUUUAUUUGAAACUGAUUAGUGUUAUUGGGGCAGAAGUAUUCCCUGCAGCCCAACGGAGCCGUCACAUUGAUGGGCUACAAUGGUGUGGUAUUACUUUAUUGAUUUUGUGAGGGGACCUCUAGGGUUAGGUAUGAAUCAUGACAGUCAGUACAAAUUGAUGGAUUUCUUUUUCUGCCAUUUCAAUUUUGUUUGCGCCAUUCAAUUAACCUUUUGUUUGUCAUAGUUAUGCAUCAUAUUUUCACCAAAUUUUGUCAGGUUUUUCCCCUGCCUCGAAGUGUUAAGUUCCAGUAUUUUUAUAUCAUUGAAUUCACAGCUUUUCUUCAUUUUCCUUGUAAUUAUAAGCGGAUACAUCAAACUUCCAUGUGUUCAUAUUUAAUGUACUAAUAAAAGGGGAAUAAUUCCUACAAAAUGUGUUAGUAUAGUCGAUGCGGAGUCUUUAUUUUAUCUAUUUGCUCAAUAUAUAACUGUCUGAUAUAUUUCAAUGCUCUUAAUACAUGUAUGUGUCGGCAUUUGUAUUCAGUGAUGUAUGUUAUAAAUUCACAUUCCUGUUUUUUUUCCCAAUUAGAGAGGAUUUGUGAUAUUUAACAGCUAUUAAAUGAUAAUGACCAUGUAUGAAGCUAUUUAAUUGAACUGUUCAUUUACAUCAUUUAAUUACGAUCUUAAUUGACGGAGACCUGAAGAAUAUCCGUUAUGUAUUCUAGUGUCUAUUUAAAUCAGAACAUAUUUUUAGAUAUUUUCAGGAAUAUUUUCUUUGAAAAUGAAGUUUUAGUAAAACGACGUUGAUGAAUGUGAAUACAAUUAAAACAAAAUAAUUUGUUUCACAUUUCUGUAAAAAGAACAAACAUGAGCAUAUUGACAUUUCUUUGUUUAAUUUCUGUACAGAUGUGUUUCUCGGUGAUAUUUGAUGACAAGGAAGUAAACUGAUACUUUAUUUUCCAUGUGUAGGGUAGAUGAUUGUUAUUAUUAAUAUUUAAUUACACAAUGAUAAAAAACACGACUAUUGAUCACUCCACAGGGACAUAUAAUACAGAGGAACAAAAAGUCUAGUGGGGACUUCUCUAGCAUUAGCUUUUGUGUUCACUGAGCUGUAACGCUUUGAAGUUCACUCUUCUUACUGGUAUUACACUGUAUCUAAUGUUUUUUACCUGUGCCACUAUGAUGUAAUUAGUGUGGCACUAAUUAUGGGAUGACCAGUAGACCAGAACCAUUUUGUUGAUGACCAAUGAGAAGCGAAUCUCAGUUUCAUAACAAAAAUAUACUAAUAGAUAAAGUUACUUAUCACAAGUUACAUGAGUUAUUCAGAAAAUUACUUUGUUUUUAAUUGCCAUCGAUUUAAAGAUGAUUGUCUCCAUAUUUCAGACAGAAAGUGGUAUACAAUAUAGGAUGGUAUUUCAGUUGUAAAUAGCUUAAAGCAAUUUUUUUUUGAAUAUCGAAAGUCAACAGAAAUCAUUUAUCACAAAAGUUUGCACAAUCAAUUUGAAAAUUAUUAAGCUUUUUUUAGUAAUGUUUAAUUUGGAAAGAUUAGUUGUAAACUUUUGGAGACAAAAGGUUCAUAAAAACAGCAAUGCUAGUUAACAUAAAUUUCUUUGCUACAGCAUAACAAAUAGUUAUAGGCAAUUUCUAAUCUAUCUGUAUUAUACGUCCCUGAUCACACCUGUACAUUGUCAUGUUGGAUGGCUCUGUCACAAUUUGAUGAUAAUUCUAUAAAUAUUGAUCCCUCUGGUACAGCAAUUUGUAUGAUGACGAUCAAAAUUUUGUCUUUUCUGUAACUACUUCAUUGAGAAUCACCAGAAUGUUAGGUUUUUAGGACCCCUGGUAUUAAGAUGUUGUACAGGUAGACAAUGGAAGACUUUCUGUAUUGGAGUAUGUUUACUGUUGAAUCACUAAUGAAAUGUUUUAAUCUGAUUGUCUAGUCCAGAUUUUACACUUCACAGUGAUCAUUAUAUCACCUAGACGAGACAUUAGAGUAAGGAUGAAGAUUUGCUCCGACAUUUUAUUUCCUGUAGUUGUAUUGGUGUAAGACAUACAUUCUGUACUGGAGGAUAGUAUUAUACAAAGUUUGAAAUGGAAACACUUUUUGUUAACAUCAUUAUAGUUAUUGUUUUUGAAGCUGGCAAACUUUCAGUAACUGUUAUUGUUGUGAGCUGUCUUGUAGGCACGGAGACAGAUCAACAACAACCAGGUUGCUAUAGCAACUGCUUUUUGUGUUCCUUGUGUUGAUACAUUGUGCCUUUGUUUCAAUGUUCUGUACCCAAUGAAAACAAUACUAGGGUUUGAUAUUUUGUUGAUAAUUCACCCAAUUUCAAUCUAUCGAAAUAAAAAAAAAAUGCUA